AUUCUCAUCAUGUUUUACCGCCCGUUCGGCAUACUCAGUGAAAGUACAUACGACGCGCAUAACGUAGGAUCAUUUACCGUAGUAGAGCUGUAUGCGGGUUCGUUGAAGUGAAGGGCCACCAACACCUUACCUAAAUUGCUUACAGACAUUGUAGGGUAGUUGAUUAUUUAUUACUCCUUUACUGUUUGUUCAGUUGCUGGUACAUCUAGCCCCUGUCGUGUGCGACUUCGACAGACCGCAGUGCAGACCCGCGCUUCCACACAGCUGUCUUGCUUUACAACCAACGGCUUGCAUAGUUGAAAGCAGGAAUAUGCCUGCGGCUGAGCAAAUGUUAAACGGGUGUGAUGCUGGUGGCGAACAUUGCGAAGUGGUGCAUUCCGUUAGCGGUCGAGGCUCCAGUGACGUAUUUGGAACGUCUAGCCUGGAGGAAAUCAAGCGCAUUCCCGGGUCGCCAAGCUCACGCUUACAAGCUAACACCGCGAACAAGCUUUCCGAGCCCGCGGCCAUGACCAUCACGCCCAUUCGCUGUGAGACAGUGAGUGACCCUGAGGCCGCCCUCACGGACAGCAACACCAAAGCACCUCCUUCACCUCAAACACCGCCGCAAUUGCAGCAGCAGCCCCAGUCCCGCUACCUAACCAUCCUCGUUGCCGGAGCAAGCAAUCUCGGCAAGACGCGCUUCAUUUCCAACCUAACGACCUUGUACGGCAGCCGCCAGGUGUCCUCCAGGCAGCCCUCCAGCUCAGGCAUGUCCCCCGGCGCCUCGCAGAACUCACCCCCCUCCCGAACCCUCAGCCGCACCACCACCCUGGAGCGUCACACCGCCCAGCUGCUCACCCGCCUGGCUCCCCUGCCCCUGCCCUCGCCCGCGCCGGCAGCGGAUACAGCUGCCUCAGCAGGAGGAGGAGGAGGAGGGGGUGCGGAUGAGGCCGGUGCCAACUGUGGUGGCGGCGGAGGCAUACGGCUGCUGCAUGUGUCGCUGCUGGAUGCGCCAGGCUACGAUGGAGAGCCCAACAAGGUGCUGCACCUGAUCCAGCUGGUGGAGUACCUGCUGCGGCAGCGCGAGCGGGACUACCGAGCGGGGGCAGCAGCAGCAGCAGCGGCGGCGGCAGCGGCGGGCGGGGGAGAUAGCUCGCAGCAGCAGCCGCAGCAGCCGGCCUGCCGGGGCGCCCUGUGCCUGUACUUCCUGCCGCCAGCAGACUCCGUGGCCCCUAUCGACCUGGCCUACAUGUCGGCCCUAGCGCGGGAGGUGCCGCUGCUGCCGGUGCUUGCGCUGGGGGCCUCCCGCCCGCUGCAGCUGAGGACGCAGCUGCAGCUGAGCAGGCAGCAGCAGCAGCCGGAGGCAGGGGAGGCUGCUGUCACCACGGGGGAGGAGCAGCGGCAGCUGAUUGCGCGGCUGAGGGCGGCUGUGUUGGCGGCACUGAGGGGACACAAGCGACAUGGCAAGCCCGCGCCCGUUCCAAUCCUGGGCCUGUCUGGCGGACCUGCCAGCAGCAGGGAAGAAGACACUGCCUGCCCCGCCGUGUUGGUGCUGGGUAGCGAGGCUGAGGAGGAUGUGGUGGGCGAGGAGGGCGAUGAGGCCGCCGGGCGCUACUCUGCCGAUGCGCUGCUGCGGGAGCUGCUUCAGCAGUGGGUGGAGCCUGCGCUGAAGAGCUCAGAGGAGAGGUUCAUGGAUUUCAGUGCGACAUACGAGAUGUACGGACAAGAUCUGAUGGCGCUGUUGGCGGAGCGGAUGUACGACAUGGAACCCGAACUCCGUCAAGCUUCGCAGCAGGAUGUGAAGCGUACGGCACCUGUAGCAGAGGACACGGAGGCAGAGGUGGCGGCGGCGGAGACGGAGGCAGCGGAAGCGGGGUCCCCCCAGCCUGCAGCCCCGGCGCUGGUGCUGCCCACGAAUACGGAGGCGCAGCCGCAGCCGCCGUCGACGCCGCCGCGGGCGUACGACACCGCUGGGAAUGCCGGCGGGCUCGCCGCCGCCACCGCUGCCGCCGCAACAGCUGUAGCAGAUGCUGAGGCGGCAGCUGAAGAGCCAGCUGCGCCUGUGGCCGCGGAGAUGACGGCGGAGGUGACAGCCACGGAGGAGGAGGAGGCAGCGGCGGAGGCGGCGGUGGAGAUGGCGGAGGAGGCGGCGGAAGUGAAGGCGGCGACAGCGGCGGAGGAGGCGGAAAUAAUGGAGUCUGAGGCGGGUCGGGUUGUGGCGGCUAUCGAGGCAAUCGUGGAGCAGCUAACAAAGGAGGUGGACGCAGCAGAAGCGGCGGCAGCGGCGGUGCCCGCUUGGACAGGUGACCAAAAGGCCCAGAAGGCAGGGGCGGGGGCUUGGACGUCAUCGUUCGAGUCAGAGAUUGAGCCUGCACCAGAGUCCGAGUCCGAAUCUGAGGCAGAGCCAGAGCCAGAGUCGGAGGAGGACGAAGCAGGAUGCUUAGCGGCAGAGGCCGAUGCGGAGGAGGAGAAGGAGAAGGAGGAGGAGCCCGUGCCAGCUGUGGCCGACCAGGGUGAGGCAAGCAGCUCGGAGCUUGUAAUACGUUCAGUGGUGCAAAGGAUAUUUGCCGCCGUCCUCAUACCGGCGGCAGCGACAGCAGCAGCACCCCCCGCCUGCCCCGUCGCUUCUGCUGCUGCUGCCAGCCGAGCUGCCGAAAUUGCGGCUGUCCGCAGCACAGGGAGCAGCAGCAGCAGCAGCAGCACCCCGGAAACGGUGAGCAAUGAUGACAUGGUCGUUCGUAUCUUGCUGCGUCGCGCGCUUGCAGCAGCCGUCCAGAGCGGGAUGGCCUCGGAGGGGGACAAGCAGCUGCAGCCGCAGCAGCCAGAGCCGCUCGAACUGCAGGCUUCUAGUGCCUCUGCUGCCCCCACGCAGCCCACCCUGCCGCAACCACCUCCUUCAACUGCAGCGCUGGUGUCAGCGGUGGCAGCGGCAGCGGUGGCUGCAGCGGUGGAGUCAUCCCAGCAGAGGCUGCGUUCCUGGCAGACCCGUGGGUCGCAGCUGCUCGCGCGGCUGGGUCCGGCCGCUCGGGCGCGUAGGGCCGAGGUGAUGCAGCUCUUGCGCACCGUCACGCCUUCCUCGAGGCCUCUCGCGGCGUCACCUGCACCCUGCGCCAUUGAAGCUGAUGGUGAUGGAGGCGAUAUCAGCGCCGACAUUGGCAGCAGCAGCGGCAGCACUGGCAUCAGCGGCAUCGGCGAGAUGGCUUCGCCUUCCGCGCCGUGCAGGCGGAGCACUGGUGGCGUUGCUUGGCUGGGUUUCGCAGGGCUGGCUGCGAGCAUGUUCGUGGCGUCGACCAUGAGUCACAGGCAGGGCUAGGAAAAGCUUCAAGGUGGUGCGGCUGUAGAGAGGCGAUUGGGCCUGGCCAUUGCUUUUAGCUAAAGCAUUCAAUGUGUAGGUGUGGCCUAUGCCCAGGGUGAGAGCGGCUUGAAGGUUAACGAUUGUUGGCGGCGAUACUUGGAGGGUUUGUGUGGUGACAAAACGUUUCCGGCAUGGAGAUACCUGCAAACUGGGAAGCAGGAGUGAUCUGCCCGUCCUGCCGCCUCAGUGCAACGGCUAAACACUUGGGUUUGGCAGAAAUUCGAAGUCUCUUAACACUUGUUAUGUGGUAAGCUUGUUUGGCGGUUUUUUUCUUGCAUGCGCUGGGUUGGGGCUUGCAUGUAUUGGUGCGGGGAUUGCGCUCGGCUGUUUCACCCCACUUCUGCUCCCGGAGCAAUCAAGGGUGUCAUAGCGCGGUGUCAUAGCACACACCUGGCAUGGGCCUAGACGGCCUACACACAUGUUGGUGCAUACUUGUGCAUUGCAUGGGAAUAAUGACCCGUGCACGUCAGCGCUUUGCUUUUAGGUUUGAAUUGGGGCAUUUCUUACAUACAUGUUUUGUGUUGAGCUUAUUUCAGCGACGUCUAACUGACAGCAGGAAGUUGGUGUCGUGGCGUUAUUGCGCUGCUGUACAGAUCUGGAUCUGGAGGGAUCAGCAUGAUGAAUGACGUCUUGGACAUGCCAGCUGCAGGACGGUUUUCCUGCAUAAAAGAGCUGAUUGCAUGUGUCUGUUGCAACCUGCUCAUCCGAUCCGAUGAAAACCAAUGGUGCUAUGUUCCGAAAAAUGAACCUAUCUAUUUUUCUGAGUUGAUGGGGCUGCUGCGAAGUCGGUACCUUCUGUAGCAACGCAGGUUGAUUGGGUUUGAUGGUUUUGGUUUUCAAUCUGUUGGCGAGUGUUGCGCCCAACCCACUUGGUAUGCUGUUGGGGAAACGACUGGUACUUGUUGCAUUACGAGGAAUGGGCAUAUGUUAUAUGUUACGAAGUGAAGUGGAGAAAGAGGGAUGAUUAUUUGCUACGUCCAAGCAGCAACAGCCUUGGCAGCGUUGGAAGCGGCAUACGUGCGCUGCGCUGUGCGGGCUUUCCAAGCGUAGGUGCUCCUGUUACAAGCCCUGGCUGGCUGCGCUGGUGGCACCUACGUACUGGCAUGGCAGCACAUGUGCGGACAAACAUAAAGCACGUUUAGCGGGCAUCAGAAGUGUUCUAGCAAACGUGCAUACAUAUGUU